AUGGUCAAUAUCAUCCAAAUCCCUAUCAAUCACCUCCUGGAGGUGUCUGGAUUGGACCCAGCUAACAUCAGAAUCCUCACCUGUUCGUUGUUAUCCUAUCCGUUUUCCGCCAUCUUCAAAAGGUUACCGGACCAAAAUUAUACGUUGAAGAAUGGUUAUAUUGUCACCAUCUCAUCGUUCUACAUCUUUGGGAUCUUGGAAUUAUACCUGGGACUUGUAUCGUUACUUUUAGCAGCUUUGGGGUCGUAUUUCAUUACCAGGUAUGUCACGGCCAAGUCAAUGCCUUGGAUUAACUUUGUGUUCCUUAUGUUAUACCUUAGUUAUCACCAUGUUAGGGAACAAUUCUUCCAAGUAUAUGAUCCCACUACCAUUGAUAUCACUGGGGCAUUAAUGGUGAUGGUGAUGAAGUUAUCGGCUUUUGGUUGGAGCGUUUAUGAUGCCAAACAACCAUCUGACCAAUUAACCAGCUAUACGAGGUCUCGUAUAAUCCCCAAACAUCCUAACUUAUUACCUUAUUUGGGUUACUGUUUCUUCUUUGCAUCACUUUUAACUGGUCCAGCGUUCGAUUAUGCUGAUUAUGACCGUUUUGUGCAUAAUACAUUGUUUGAAGAUGUUCCUGAAAGUAGAAGACCAGGUAAAGCUAAAAGAAGAAUCCCUAGAAGUGGUAAAGUUGCCACAAAGAGACUCUUACAAGGGUUUUCAUGGGCAGCUUUGUUUGUUAUCCUCCCUAACUACGUUUCCCCUGAUCAUAUGUUCAGUAAGGAAUACGUAAGUCAUGGAUUUAUCUAUAGAAUCUUCUAUAUGUGGAUAGUUGGGUUCUUCCUCAGAUUGAAGUAUUACUGUAUUUGGACCAUUGCCGAAGGAGCAUGUAUUUUAUGUGGUAUUGGGUAUAAUGGCUAUGACUCACUUAGGGAUAAGUUCAAAUGGGAUAGGGUUAGAAACAUCAAUCCUUUAGUAUUUGAAACUGGUCAGAAUGUUCAUGUUUGCUUGGAAGCUUGGAAUAUGAACACUAACAAAUGGUUAAAGAAUUUCGUUUACCUCAGAUUGGCCCGUAAGGGGAAAAAGCCUGGUUUUAAAAGUACCGUAGCAACGUUCGCAACCAGUGCUUUCUGGCAUGGAACCAGACCGGGAUAUUAUUUGACAUUUUUAGUGGGAGCUUUGUUACAAACUGUGGGUAAGAUCUUCCGUAGGAACUUUAGACCGAUUUUCAUUGAUAAAGAUGGUAAUAAGGCCAAAUCUAAGCCGGUAUAUGAUUUUGUUGGUUAUGUGAUAAAUCAAUUAGCCUUUGGAUUUGUAGUACAACCGUUCAAUAUUCUUGAUUUCAAAAAAUCCAUCUAUGUAUGGACCACAGUAUACUUCUGGGUACCAGUAGGGAUCUUUACCGUGUUCUUUGCAUUCAGAGGUCCUUAUGGUAAGAAAGUAUCGAAGUUCAUUGCUCAGUAUCAUAUGUCUCAAGAUACCACUGUUAGACCUAAAGGGUUCAAUAGAGUAGAAUCUGAAAGAGUGGUUAAAGCUUUGAGUUCUUAUAUCUCCAAAGAUAGAGAUUUAGUGUAUGCCCCAACCCUAGGAUUACCUUCGUUAGACGAUUUGGAGAAGUUGGAUAAGGAAGAAAUCAGUGAAGAAUUGGAAGAGUUAUCUCAAGCAUGGAACAGUUUCAAGGAUGAUGAUGGGAAGGAUUUGAAACAAGCUUAUGGGAAUUUUGUUAAUGAGAUCAACGAGAUUUUCAACGUUCAUAAGGAGAAGAUGAAGGAGAGUGUGGAGGGAGUUAAGGAGAAGCGAGAAUGA